UCUCACGCAUGCCCUAAAAGGGCGAGCCGCAAAAUGUCUAAUUAAGUUAAAUAAUGCAGAGAUCACAUGGGCGCAUGUCAAAGAAAUUUUACUUGCGAAGUUCGGACACCCUAUGCUAAUACAGGACUAUUUUGAUGAAAUAAUAAGAUUUCAAAUAACGAACAAAGAAACCGCUAGUGAAGCUGGCUUUAGGCUCUGGAAUCUCAUUGAACGCGUCCCGCGGCUCGAAAUGGCUGAAGAUAUCACUACCGGGUUCGCUAUUUCAGUAUUGUCACAAAAGGACCCCUUGAUACGCAGAGAGCUUAACUCGCACGUUGUGACUACAAGGGCUCAGUUAUUCAGGAUACUUAAUGGCGUUUCCCUCAAACGACGCCACGACGAAUUUGAGGCUUGCGAAACUGAUACUAAGCGUGCGCGUAUCACAGACUACAAAUUUAACGGAAGUUGCCAUUUCUGUGGUAAUAGAGGCCACAAAAUAGAAGACUGCCGUAAGCGCCGCGACAUCAUGAAACUGAAGACUUCAGAUAAAGAUAAAACCGUGACCUGCUUCACCUGCGGAAAAUCAGGGCAUCUUAGCCCUAGCUGUCCCGAUAAGAAACUAGGAGCGGUGCCAGCAACGCGCAAGGAGGUCCAGAUCUGCACGCGGCGCACAGUAAGAGGUGACCCUCAUCAGGACGAAUAAGCGCACGAGGUCGUGCGAUAGUCAGGAUUGGCCGUGACGGCGCGUCCAAAGAUAUCGUUCAUUUCGUACAUUCAAUACUAACUGUCAAGCGUUGACAGUUGACGUAACACCGAACACUGGGGAGGCGGCCAUCUUGAUCGGGGCAUUGUCGAUUGGACAGUUGAAGAGGCAACACGUUGCGCGCGCGCCCCACGUGUUCGGUGGAACGUCUUGAUUUUUCAUUGUUCGCAUAAAGCAAUUUAACUUGUGAUUAAUAAUUGUAGAAUUAAUAAAGAAGCAUAACGUUAAUCAAUACGGUAGUUCGUAAUUUCUUUUAUAAACUAUAUCUCCUCGCCCGACUACCCACGUAAAGAAAAAUAUGGAACAGA